AUGCCUUUUCAGGGACAUGUUCUAAGAACAUCUGCGGAAGUGACUCUGAAAACCACCUUUCUGUUACAGAUUGGAUUUGGAACGCUGGCCAAUGUCACCCUCUUUUUCCAUAAUGUCUCCCCAGUCUUGCGUGCCCACAAGCAGAGACCCACACACGUGGUUCUCACCCACAUGGCCUUGGCCAACCUCUUGGUUCUUCUCUCUUCUGGGAUUCCCCACAUGAUGGCAGCUUUCCUUUUGAGCAACCCCCUGUCCAGUCUUGGGUGUAAAGUUGUAUAUUAUACACACAGAGUGGCUCGCAGCUCCACCCUGUGCUGCACCUGUGUCCUGAGCACCUGCCAGUUCUUCACACUCAUCCCUGGGAGUGUGGAUUGGAUGACGCUCAGGAGUGCCCCCAAGGUCACUGGUCCUUCCUGCUGUGUCUGCUGGGUGUUCGGUUUCUUACUGAAUAUCUAUAUUCCUGUGAGUGUUACUGGUGCCCAGAACACAGGAAAUGAUACUGAUCCACAGGGCAGGUGGUUCUGCUCAUCCUCGAGUCCCAGGGCAGGUGUUGGCAUCUUGUGGUCCUGUCCCGAUGCCAUAUUUAUUGGCCUCAUGGCCUGGACCAGCAGCUCCAUGGUGGGUCUCCUUCGCAGACAUCACCAGAGGGUGCAGCAUAUUCACACCCCCAGGGGCCCCCACAGCUGCCCCCCAGAGACCAGAGCCGCCCACACCAUCCUGAUGCUGGUGGUCACCUUCGUUGUCUUCUACACGACGAAUUUUAUUUUUAUUUUUUAUAUCACUGUCCUUUCAGAUCUGCAUCUGUGGUUGAUAUACACAUGUAAUAUUUUGGCUUUGUGUUUCCCCACUGUCAGCCCCUUCAUGCUGAUCCUUAGGGAUCCUAGAACUCCCAGGUUUUGCUCUUAAAUUGUUAGAAAUCACUGUUUAGAGAGUAAAGAGAUAGAAGUCAGCUUCUGUACCAUCCAUGAUUAUAUAUAUACUAAUCAUUUACCUGUUAACCAUUUUUAUAAUUUUGUCAUGUUUAAAGUAUACAUAACCUCAUAGUCAUGACUUAACCAUCUCUGAGUGCACAUCAUUGGCAUUAAACACAUUCCCUAUGCCUGGAACCAUCACCGCUGUCCAUACCCAAGGGUUCUCAUCAUCCCCAAGCAACUGUGGACCCAUUAAAACAAUACCUCCCAUUUCCUCUCUUUCUCAGAUGCCCCUAAACUCUGUGUGUCUCUAGUUCUUGCCGGUUCUAGGUACCCCGUGUCAGUGGAAUCAUACAGCACUUGUCCUUCUGUGUCUUAUCUCAGUAAGCGAUAGUUUUCAAGGUCAUUCCAUGUUGCAGCAUGUAUCUAGAUUUUGGCCCUAAUCUAUUCCAUGACAUUUUGUUUAUCCAUUCAUCUGCACAUGAGCACUUGGGUUGUUUCCACCUUCGACUAUUGAAGAUAGCCCUGCACUGAACAUUGAUGUACAUACAUCUGUCAAGUCCCUGCCUUGAAUUCUUGUAGAUAUAUACCUAGAGGGUGAAAUUUCCAUGUCAGAUGGCACUUCUAUGUUUAACCACUUGAGAAGU